CCGCGCGCGUUGCGCGCGGCAUGCUUGCUUGAGAGUCAUUGUUCUUUUCCACGGCGUCAAACCAUGUAAUGGCGCUGAGCAAGCAACCAUUUAAGAUUCGCAGCAGCGAGCCAAAGUCUCUUCGUCAAUCCUCUUCGCCGGCGCUUUGGCCGCGCGCUGUACUCGCGGCAAGCCUGUCAUCGAUUCCCCAGGCUGAGCCUCGUUCUCGGGCCGUCUUACAUCUGGAGGCGGUCCCGCCAUCCUUAGACCCACUGAGCUUUUCUUCUGGUCUCCCCUCAAGGGAGACCGGG